CAGCAGGGCAGGGGAGUCAGUGCAAUCCUUAGCCGGAAAACGGCGAGAUGGAGAGCAGCGGUCCCGGGGAGCUCUUGGGACCUGAGGGCAGGAGAUCAGACUGCAACCAAAAGUCCUCAACAAGCUGCAACCUGGAUUGCAUGGCAGAUCCAUUCCUGGUCACCUUGCACAUCAUCACCAACCCGGGAGAUGCAGCAGCCCUGCAGAGCGCAGUCGACGGCCUUGUAACAUGGAUCAACCCCAAGCUGCGGCUCUUCAUUGCCUCCGAGCGCGGCUCCUCGAAGCCACGGGGGAUGAGGAGUGGCGGCAGUGCUGCCCACCCAGCUCUGGCCAUCAUUGUCUUCAUCCACGAAGAGUGCGGGCAGCAGAUUUCCGAGCUCCACGAGCGUUUCCUCCACCCACCGUGGGAGUACCACCAUACCGAGAUGGUCAAGGGUCGAAUCCUUCCCUACAUGCCCCGGAACCAGGACUUCUUCACUCUGGCCAAUCACAAUGCCCUCUGGGCUGUAAGGCAGGUGCACUAUGGGAAGGAGAUUGUCCGCUUCACCAUUUACUGCAGCUUUGACAACUUUCUCGACAUGGCGAGGAUGUACCAGCUGAUCCUGAGGAGAGAGUCGUCCCAGCGAAGGCCAGACUUUGUGUUCUUCACCGUCUAUUCCAACGCCGAGGUUGAUAUCCAGCUCUCGCUGAAGAGGCUCCCGAAGGGUCAGGGUACCUCCCCCACCGAACUGGCCUUGCUCGAGUUCAGAGUUCAUGACAUCGGACGCCUCAUCCCUCUGCUGCCUAACCCCUGCAGCCCAAUCAGUGACCUGAGGUGGCAGACGGAGGACUAUGAUGGGAACAAGCUCCUGUUGCAGGUACACAGUUUGUCCAGGAGCUCUUGGAAGAGGAACAUCAUUGCCCAAUCCACUGCAGCAAGGGGCAGUUCUUGCCGACCUGCAUGCAGCUCACUCCCCCAGUGCCUGGCAUGUGCCCCUGACAGGCACCGGCACCACUGUCAGACUAACCACAAACCACACCACAGCAGCGGCUUCAGCCGUCUCCGAGGGGCAUCCCAGGAGGACAUCUGGAUUGCUUGCCGGGGGGAUUCGGGCACCAGUACUUCCAGGGUUUCCCGGGUAGCUCAGCGCAGCAAGUCCUUGUUCUGUCUGCCGACCUUCAGCAGCUCGUCGUGCUCUUCGUCGUCUUCAUCGCCCCUGGGGGAGCUGGCCCUUUCGCUGGCCGACCGUGGGCCACGGGCUCGGGUCCCAGCUCGGGACGUCACCUCUGGGGUGGGGGCCAAAGGCCUGGAAGAGACCGAUGUCGACACUGGCUUGACCACAUCAAGCUCUGACCUUGCUGCCCUCUCCGUGCCCUCGACACUGAACGGCUUGGGCAAAGAAUUAGGGGGUGCUCUACCCCAGCUGGGUGACUGUAGCACCCGGACACAGGCAAGUCUCUUCAGGGUUUCACUGUCCACGGAUAGCUCGCCUCGUUCCUCCUCCAGCCUUUCCUCCAGGUCUUCUCCUGGGUCCCGGGAAUUUUCUUCCUGCAGUCUGACCUCGAGCACCCCACCUCCGCAUGCCUUCACAGCAGGGUCGCAACUCUGGCCCAGAAUAAACCAGCCCUUGUCCUCGGAGAACGCAACUAGAAACGAGAGCUGCCCUGAGGGAGGACAACCCGCUCCUCUCCUGGAGGCAGAGCAGGAAUUUUACAUUUGACCCUCUUGGUCAGGCACGAUUUGCUUGCGAUUGUUACUAAAUAUCAAACAAUACAAGUGAGACAAUGGACGUUUAAGCACUGAUUAUUAGGCCUGGAGACCGUCCACUUACCAUGCUGCUUGUGUCAAAGUGAAAUUCAGGGUUUUCUGUCGCAAUGCAGCUGUUCAGAAACAUCACCAGUUGGAAUACUUUUAAAAAUGAUUCUCUUCCAACUUUUUUCCCCCCAAAACUGUGACAGAGUGUGUUAAAGUUUACAGUAGUAAAAGCAUCGAAGUGUUACAGAAACCAAAACAGCUCAAAAUCUCUGGCUCACAACACUUAAAAUUGCUGCUGAGAAGAAUUGCAGUAUCUUUGAUCAAACAUGCUUCACAUGUUUCAGAAAAGCAACUAAUGGAAAUGCUUGCAGAGUUUUAGUGAGCCACAAAAGCUCUGGAUCUUUAGUUGGUGUUACCGCAGUCCGUUUCACAUUUAUGCCAGUGUUAAAAUAAAGCCAGUCAGAAAACCAGCAUCUUCUUUGAGGUUGAUUCAGCUACUGCUGUAAGAUUACAAAAAAGUAGAAGCAGGAGUAGCCAUUUGGUAAGACUACAGUUGAUCGGAUUAGGGCCUCAACUCCACUUACUGCCUGUCACCUUGUAAUUUUUAACUGCCUUUGGAUCGGAUCUCUGUCUAACUCAAAUAUAUUUGAUGGCCUAGUCUCAAGUAUUGUCUGUGUUUUGGGGGGGGGGGGGGUACUUCCAUACCUUAUAAUCCUCUGAGCAAAGAAAUUCCCAUGUUCAUCUCAAGGGUUAUGAUAGAGAGUGAGGAACUCGGAGAUACUGCCGGGGGUCAGCUGGGUGUGUGUCUCUGAGCACACAACAUCCUUGCUGCAGUGUUGCAAUGAGAGUUACCAGUACAGCCUGAGGUACAGAAGUGCCCUGUUAAGAGGAUCAGAGAAGGUUUGCAGAGGCUGGCACAUGUCAGAUGCUGAUGUCCAUGGAUGGGGUGGUGUUUGGCCAAUGCCUAUUAAACAUGCCCUGAGAAGUCAGUGCCAGGAGCUGAAGUUGCCAGGUACCCACUUCAAAUUCCAUCUCAAUGUCUAGCUUGCUUGGCAAGUUUGGAAGCUGAGUGUUGUGAGCUGAGUUGGGGUGUUAACAAGGCGUUUAAUAAGAGAAAAUUCCCCCUUAUUUGACAACUGACUGCUGCGAAUGGGAGAAGCUCACCUCAGCAGUCAGCAAAUGUAUCGAAGAUGGAGUGAGUUGUUCUCCAGGUCAAGAUAAUCAUCUCAUUGAAAUCUGCCAUAAAUCUUGCCAAGGCCCCACGCCAUUCAGAUCCUGCCCAUCGUCUCAGCAUCCACUCUUGGCAAAUACCCUCAGAAUCUUGAAACAAAACAGAAAUUGCUGGAAAAGCUCAGUAGGUCUUGCAGCAUCUGUGAAGGAAAAAACAGAGUUAACAUUUCGGAUCUGGUGAUCCUUCCUCAGGAUAUUAUGUGUUUCAAGAUCGCUUCUCACUCAUCAGUAUUCCAGCGGCUAUGGGCCCAAGGUUGUUCCUCCCGAUACAAGGCCUUCAUCCCAAGAAUCAGCCAAGUGGACCUUCUCUGAAUUGUCUCCGAGGAUUACCAUCAUUGAUGACGCUGCCUCCAGCCAGAAUAAGCCUGACCGUUCCUUCCGUCACCGUGGAUCGAUGUCCUGGACAUUCCUCUGGACCAGCAAUACAAAUGACAGGAGUAGUUCAAGAAGAACGGCUGAGGGACAACUCGGGAUGGAUAAUGAAAGCCUUCAUCCUGACAGCAAAUCGUGCAGGCGCCCCUACUUUUUUAUUCAUUUAGACUCUUGUCCGUUUCCGAUCUAAGAAAAUCUAACAAUCAUUAAUUGAUUAAAUUCAAAAUAUCAAUCUUGGUUUAAAGCAUCAUCUCAUGAGCUGCUGAUUCUAAUGUAUUUGCAGAUAGCAUUAUUGCCUGUUUAGUCUUGCGUGCAUUAAGUGUGAAGUGUUAUGGCGUUAUUUAUUGCAGAACUUAAAAAUGGAGUUUACUGAUUAAAAUUGCUAUUAUAAGACAUUAAUCUAAUAUAUAAAUGUUAAAAACUGGAAAUGCACUGAAGAUAGUAGAAAUGGAAUUCCAAACUUUGGUAUGUGUCUGUUCCCCAGGAGUCUUGGCCAUCAACCACUCCUUUAUCAGGAGAUCAGGCAACACCUUUCCAGGAUCCAUGCCGGAUUCUCACGAUUAAAAUGGUUGUGAUGUUCUCCAGGCCAUCGUCUCAUCAUAUUUCAUAUCUGUGGAAAAUAAUUACCUGGUUCAUUGUUGGAGUGGAUUGGGCACUUGCUGAAGUGAGUUUCUCCCAUUUGCAGCAGUGAGAUAUCAUUCAACUUAUCCAGCCCUUUAAUAGGGAUUGGACUGAUCUGUUUCUUAAGUGCUGUGCCCCUUACUUUCACAAGCCCAAGUACAGAAAUGCUGGGAAACUGGGAGAAGUGUCGUUAUUUCUCAAACACCCCCAAUUUCUGUCAAUGACAAAUACCAGUGGAUCUUCUUAGAAAUUGAUGACGUUGGUAAAAAUGCCCCAUUUCUAAGGAAACUGCAAAUGUUGGCACUGUGUUACUUGACAUGUUUCUGCAUAGGGAUAGCAAGGUUCUAGCUUCAAACAGAAUAUGAUACACAUCAUCAGGUUUAAUAUAGCGCUUGUGAAUUUACAGGAGCUUCUCAUAAUAAAUGAAAUGCCAAUGGCAACAUGCCAUCUUUACUGCAGUGGUGUAAAAGUUAUCACUUCAUUCUUCAGAGAACUUGUUUCUCCCCUCCUUUGACAAAGUUUUGCUUUGAAACUUCACUGAUCUGUCUGCCAAAUUCCUAACACAAAAGGUUUUGAAACAAUAAGCUGUAGUAUUAUCUGACACAAGACUUGGCAUGGGCCUAGGUGAACAAAAGGGGUACUACCUUCUUGAUAGGGUAUGGAGAAGAAUUGUAUGCUGAAGGAGGCUACGAGUGUCUCAGCUAAUGCCUGUGCCAACUCUAUGAGGCUGCUGCCCAAUUCUCCUAUUCAACCACUGAACAUGCUUCCACUCCACUUUCAGGCAGUGUGUUCCAACUUAUCAUAACUGACUACGUACAUACACGGUUUUUGUUUAAUUCUUCAUCUUCCUCUUGCUAAUCAUCUAAAAGCUGCAUCCCAAUCAUCACAACAGCAAUAACAGAUAUCCUACUCUUAAAUAGCAGCUAUACUUUGUCCGGCUCCCCAUCCCAUCAUAAGCUACUCUGCUCUCAGGGGAACAGUCCCUACUUCUUCAUCUCCACAUCUAAUUCAUUGGAAAGAUUGCAUUGUGAGGCUAGAGCCCAGCCAAUAAUAGGAAGCCUUACUCUAUCCUCAUACAACCCCAGCUCAAAGGCUGUGGAAUGAUAUAUUUCAAUACAAUUGAAUUCAUCAGACCAAAUGUACAGAUUCUGUGUUCACAGUCUCAGUUUCACACCUUGAUGAUCUCUCACCAAAACUUACUUUGGUGCCAUGUGAUUGGUAGGUGUCAUCAUGUUGCUACCCAGUGAACAGAAGGUGGUCAGUCACCAUGGUGACACUGUUUGUCUCUGCAGCUUUACAGGGAAACAAGCCAAUAUCACAACGUACAGGGUGCACUGUUUUCCACAAUUAAAACUACUCACCUUUCAUGUCCUUCAUUAGAAUUAGCUAAUGCUGUUGAUAUGUGCAUAUCAGUGAUGUACUCGUGGGAGCAAUGGGGCCAUAUGUUAAAGCUUUGUUUCAGUGAUUGUUAUAUUCACGGCUGCAACAUAUUGAAUUUUCAACAAAUUAUAUUCAAAAGGGUUUAUUGUCGUCAUUUUAAAACAGCUACUCCUGAGUCUUGGGUACAGUUAGCAGGUUUUAUUCAGGCAAUUGCUGGAGUCAUGUUUCAUCUGGUUACCCAGAAUCGCUUCUCUGCUAAAACAAACAUCUCAGCCCAAUUUAUAAUGGGUAAUGCAGGGUCCCACCUCUUAAUUCUCAGCCUUUAGCCCACUGGUUUCUGUGGCAACCUUCAGUUUUCCCUCUGGUCUGCACAGCAAUGGUUAAUUGUUACAAUCUUCACUUGGCCCUACAUUCCUACAGUAUUGAUUACAAUUGCCAUCAUGCCUCAAGAAAUUGGUCUCAGGUAGAUUUAUCUAUGCUAAGGUGUUGAAGUGUAUUUAAAUAUUGAUUAUAAUCAAUUGUCUAAUUUCAAGCUUGUGAUAAUGUUGUGACUUCGGUAAAUAGCAGAGCAACUGGAGAGAAAAGUCCCUUAAAGUUGAGAAAGAUAAUCCUUCCCUGUUAUUCCAGUCUGGCUGUGAUGCGACUCCCAGUUAGUCCUCGCCAACUUGGUUGACUCUUAACUGCCCUCUGAAAUGGCCCAACAAGUGACUGAUUUGUGUUCAAGCAUUACAAAGAAUAGCCACACUUUGAAAGUCCAUUAGAGUUGAGCAAUAAAUGAUGGUUUUCACCAAUAGUGCCUUUAACCUGAGAAUGAACAUAUCAACGUGAGUACUUGUGUUCUUUUGCAACUAACAGCUUGUUGUGAUGAAUACAAAUCAACACCUCGCUUCGGCCAUUGCAUCAGCUGUAUGGGCUACUGUUACGUGAAGAAACUGUAGCCUGGAGCAAAUGAUUGGUUUGCUCACUAUCAGCUCCAUGGUGGGGGCAUGGACCCAGCUUGAGUAGUGAGAGAGUGGGUAUAACAUGGAACAGACGCUGGAGGGGCGCAAUCUAAUAGUUACUGAAGAACCUGGAGCCAAGCCCCAAAGAAAGUAGCUGUUAGGAACUGAAAGAUAUGUGUCUUUGUCUCACAACUAAAAGGGAAAGGCAGUUGCAGGAGCUGCCUGUCUUUCUCAUUAUAGACACUGACCACAGAACUGUGUAUCUACAACAUUUCAUUUUCAGUGCACUUUUUGUUUUCCUGGAUAUACUUUCUCAUUUUCCUCUUCUCCCCAUUAUUAGCAUGAAAAUAACGCCUCUCGGUCUCUGACCAGUGAAUGGGAAAGGAUCAAUGUUCAGUGCUUAGGGCAAGAGCCUGGUGUGCUCCUGAUGGAGGGUGUAAACCCAAAACAUCAACUUUCCUGCUCCUCUGAUGCUGCCUGACCUGCUGUUUUCCUCCAGUUCCACAGAGUUUUGACAGUGCCUUGUCAAAGUCUGGCUUCUUACCAAGACAGUGCAGUUAUAAUCUGUGUCCACCA